GUUAUUUUUAGAACAGGGAAUUCAGGUAAAAUUUCCCUGUGAACCUCCACACCACAUGUCAUUGGUUGGUUGUAUGGUCUCUUUGUACAGAAGCUAUUUUGUCACAAGAUCAUGUUUGUAAUCAGUUGCAAGUAUAGCUUGUGGCAUUCACCAUACAGGUUCGACUCGACAUUGGACAACUAAGAAUAACGGUAGUUGGUCUACCUGUCGGUGUAUACUGUGGAGAAAAUAACCAGGUCGAACAAACUCAUACAUACCGAUGGCGGAAGACGUUAAACGUUCCGGACAGCAGAUCGGGCGCCUGCCCAAUGAUAAACAGUUGGGUGUGACAGAUGUUCUCUUUCCAAGGCAUGUACGUGGAGUUAACAGUGACAAUGUCGUUGAGGAGAGGCAAGAUGAUGAUAAUAAUGACGAUGGUGUUGUCGUCUAUGAAGAAAUUGCUCGCAGAUUGUUGCUUGACAUCCCACGGGAAGAACGGGUGUCUCCAACGGGCAGGCCCGGAGAAUCACCACAUGCUGCCGUCUCGCUCAUCUCGUCUGAAAUAAGCUCAAUACUCUCUAUAGAUGGACCUUUAUGUUGUGAUUUAGCGGAUACUCACUACACGGUCCGGAACCUUGAUGUGGAUAAGGUUGCUUUCGUCCAGCAAUCAAAUCUUUACAAGAACAUACUUACAACCGCAUUACACGAUAGGUAUGCAUCUGUUGAGAUUUGCUGGGAUCAGAAUGGUAUAGAUACACUUACUGUAGCGAUCGGAACGGACGAAACAGACUUGAGUUGUGAUCUACAGACAUUUACGCGUGACGUUGAAACGACCAUCACGAAUGUCUUCGGGGACAUCAAUACAACCCAUCUGACCAUGUCCCCUAAAGUAUGGAAGGAGGUGAACCAGAGAGAUUUGUCAGCUUGCUUUCCUCAUACUUCUGAAGAUGUUUUGGUGAUACCCUCUGAGGACAUGUCUGGUUUCACCGUGACAGGGACUUCCCACAAAGUUACUUCAGUUAUUGCAGCUUUGAGAAAUCUCGCUCAACAGGCAGAGGAAAAGUGUAUCUAUGGACUGGCUCAGAGGAUGGUUUCACAAGCGUCCUCUGCACCAUACACAAGGGAAGCGCCCAAUGAAAGACGCAUCUCAGUAGAACGGAGCAUAUUAUUGUUUCUCCAGACACAUCGUUCACAAGAAAUAGAUCUGAUCCACAAACUGACAGUUGGUAUAUCUUUUGAUCUGAACACCAACACUAUCAUCAUCCGUGGACAAGAAGGUCACGUUAAAGGAGCAGGGGGACAAAUUAAUUCGCUCAUCUCCAAGGUGAUAGCAUAUUCGUACAUUUCCCGGAUGGCUGGAGCUAAGAAAUAUUUCAGGUCGCUAGCUGGCAAAAAAACUAUAGAAGCCGCGGAGAAAACCUCCAUGUGUAUCGUGGAUAUGAUAGACAACUAUCCUGAACGGCAUGGUGAGACACACGUUCUCCUAAAAGUUGGGAAUCUACAUACAACAAAGGCUGAUGUGAUUGUUAACUCGACGAAUGAGAAACUUGAACUGUCUUCCGGGCCCUUAACCAAGUCCUUAAUCCGCUUUGGAGGCUCUUCCAUACAAGGGCAGUGCAAGAUGCUUUAUCCUCACGGCAUCAAUGAAGGGGAUGUGGUCAGGACAGGCCCUGGAAAUCUACGCUGCAAGGAGCUGUAUCACUGCUGUCUUCCAAAGUGGAAAUCUGGUCAUGACACUGACAAGGUGUUGCGGCAGAUAAUACGCCAGUGUCUACGGAAAGCUUCGGAAGCAUCACACAGCAGCAUAGCAUUCCCUGCCCUUGGCACCGGCACCGCCAAAUAUCCGGCUGAUGUGGUGGCCAGGGUCUUUAAAGAUGAAGUUAGAGAGUAUUUGACAUCCAACCCUUGCUGUUCCCUGAAAGAAGUUGUCGUUGUCUUGUUUCACAAAGAUGAAAAGAAGCUUGAGAUAUUCAAGAAGACAUUCGGAGAUGAUACAAAACGGAAAAGAGUUACCUCCCUUCAAGACGAACCCGCGGAGGUACAAAAUGGAUCAGCAAUGACAACCGGCUUUGCUUCCCCUGGUGGUAUCCUCUUCAAAGUCGGAGAUCUGGCGAAAACAGAGAGUGACGUUAUUGUGAACACCGCCAACGAGCACCUUGAUCUGUCAGUUGGGGGCUUGAGCAAACACUUGGUCAGCGUAGGUGGCGCUAUCAUACGGACGCAAUGUAAGAAGCUAUAUCCAAACGGUAUAAGGGAAGGCGAUGUCGCAAGCACUGGGUCUGGCAAACUCCACUGUAAGGAGUUGUAUCACUGCUGUCUCCCAGAGUGGAAAUCGGCGGAGUAUACUGGCAAGUUGCUUCGGUUGACAAUACACCUGUGUCUACAUAAGGCAGAUAUAGGAAAACGUCGAAGCAUAGCAUUCCCUGCCCUUGGAACCGGACUCCGAAAAUACCCAGCAGAGGUUGUAGCGACGGCCUUCAGAGAUGUUGUCACAGAAUAUCGCAAAACAAAUCCGCACAGUUCACUCAAGAAUAUUGGAGUUGUCUUGUUUGAAAAGGACAGAAAAACAAUGGAGAUAUUCAACACCAUAUGUAUCAAAAACGUUGAGUGUUGUAGAGAAACCUUCCUCCCCGACGUGAAGAAACAGAGAGAAUUCCACGUCGGAGAUUUACAGCUGGAGGUGAAGGAAGGACACAUCCUGGAGGAAGAGGUAGAUGCUGUUGUAAUUCCGACUGAACUGAACGACAUGGCUGUACCUGACCCAAACAUCAGACGUUCAGGAAUCGGGUUUGUUUCCAGACAGGAUGGGCCAAGUAUUAUCGCUGCCUCAAGAGAGUUUUGUGGGUACGACGUAGAGCUGAUGAUUACCAAGUGCCUCCGUGAAGCGGACAGAAAGAAGGUUGUGUCUGUGGCCUUACCACAUAUUGCAGGCAACACUGCAGAAGACCUAUUCAAUUUUGCUUUCAUCCGGUGCAUCUUGAACAUCGUGAACAGCGAGGACAGACUGAAGCAUGUCCGACGUUUGAUACUUGUACACACCAACACGGUUGCCGUGGAGGAGACAACUCGGAUGUUCCAGUACUACUUCGGAACAUCGUGCGUGACCGGGUACAGUCUGGGCAGACCGGCCAGCCAGACUUGGGACAAUGAGCGGGAGCGAACAAUACAAGACGAGCUACACCUGAGAAUCGUGUCCGGCGAUAGGAAGAACAUAAAUCAGUGUCGGCAGUUCAUUGACGAGCAGCUCGAAGAGAACCUGUGCGUUGACGUCCUCGACAAUGAAGUCAUCUCUGGUCUUACAGAUAAACAACUUGAAGACAUCAAACAGACGUGUGCGGAUCUGGAUGUGGAGGCAGAAGUAGAUGUUGAAAACCGUCUCGUUCGUCAUUCUGGACUAAAGACUGACGUAGAAAAAGCGAAGUUCAAGACAGAAGAACUGUUAAAGGAUGUUGCAUUUCUUCAAAUACAGAAAGAGAGGGCGGAAUUCCUAAGGCAGUUCGUGCAAUGGUGGGCGGCAGCUCCUGAGGGAGCGAUGAAGAUGUCUACUAUGACCAACGUUUUGAUUGAGGAAGCAUAUUUUAAAAGGCAUCGUCAGCCGACAGCAGUAGUGAAGACACUCUUGGGAAAUGUCAACAUAGACUUCACAACCAUGGAAUUGAUUCCCCAGAUUAAACCCAAGUAUAAGAUUAAGUUAUCCAGGAAGCAAAUACCAGCGAUGGCUCUACCUCCGUCUUGGGAAGACAUGUGUGGCAAGGAUUUGAUCGCCCCGUGUGUUACAUCUGGGCCGGAAUAUGAUAAGCUAACACAACUGUUUACGAGCAGCGCUGGGAAUGUGUACGACAUCGUAAUGAUCCGGCGUAUACAGAACAUGUUGUCAUACCAACAGUACCAGAUACAGAGGCAGUGUGUGCAGGCCCGCAUCCCACACACAUUUGAGAAACGCCUCUGGCACGGCACAAGACGUGAUGCUCUCUCGAGUAUCAACAGGAAUGGUUUCAACAGAUCCUUCCAUGGAAAAAAUGGAACAAAGUUUGGGAAAGGUGUAUAUUUUGCGACAGAAGCUAGCUACUCAGCUAAGAAGGAACUGUCUCCCAAAGAUGACCAGGGCUUCAAGUAUAUCUACCUGUGCCAGGUUCUCACGGGGAACUUCACGAAGGGGGAUGAGAAGAUGUUGGACGCACCUUUCAUGGACAAGGGCAACUCCAUCCGUUACGACACUGUGGUUGACAACGUCAAAAGUCCAACAAUGCACGUUGUAUUCAGGGACACGCAGGCAUAUCCUGAAUACCUAUUUGUCAUAAAAGAAAGAUGAAUGAGCGAGUGAGGUUAUUAAACCUUGAUUGUAAUAGGAGAGGCCGAAGUAAUGCAGCUCGUUUACAGCUUUUAGAACAGGGGUAUGCUUCUGGGGAACGGUUGCCCUUGUCGUUUACGGUGAUUCAUUUUGUUGUACAGAGCUUCGUCCCUUCAGAACGCCAGACACGUUUGAUGACAGGAUUCGCGUAGAUUAUGUUUGAAGGUUUUAUCCUACCACUUUGUGCUGACACACAGAAACCCUGCCCAGAACCCCAUUGAUCAAUCAGUCAAUCAAUAGAUCAAUCAACAUGGUGCUUCUGAACCUUAAAACACAAUCAGAAACUCUGGUUCUGGCUGCAGUAGUAUCACAUCUUUAUCACGGUCUACCGUGGUGUUUCACGAACCUAUUGUGAUGAGUGUAAAUAUGAAACAUAAACGCCAGAUAACAACUUUUAUCGAGUCUCUUCCAACACCAGGUGUCCAUGAAAAGCAUGAGCAUGUCGGGCCUCUAUGGGGCAUCCACUAUGUGAAAUACGAAGGUAUGAUUUGCUGCUUAGCCCACAAAGCAGUACCCUGCCAAACACACCAUAGAUCCGGGUCCAAUGGUAAUCAACAAACUGCAGCAUAUCUUGCCGCCAGCUUGAUUGAAACAUCACUACAUUCUAAUGUGUACAAGUUCAUUUCAUCCAAUUUCCUUUUUGUUGUGCAUUGAAGAUUUCAUCCAAGUUCACCAGACCGCCCACGCUAUCUUGCUCGUUCAAUAUGGAUUGUCAUCUCCCACAAGGAAUUAUGUCCCAUUAACAAUCCCAUAAUGCAUCAGGUUUCCGGAGAGUACUCCAGCAAAGGCUGCCAGUACUGUUUUUCUGUUUUCCCAUCGCCAGCACCCAGUGAAUUUCUAUUCUGACGUUGAAUGAACACUUUUCUUACAGCAAAUUCCCACCGAUGUGGACAUGUAUGCCCUAGUGUGAUAAUAUAAAAACUCUUACGCUUGCUCACACAUAAAAUCCCCAGGUCAACUUGACCUUCUCCAUCUUAUAAUAAAUGCUGGCUUUUUUGUUUGUACAUUUGUACCGCCUUGUACAAGCAGUUAUGCAUAGGUCUAUUUCUGUUCACCUAACCGAAGUUCACCAUCUUGUGUUUUGAUGCUGGAACCCUAAGACGGCAACACAUCUUAAGAUUGCCCAUGUAUUUAUUUUAUAAAUUCAAUUUUCUACAUUUCCCAAGACUUACAAACCACCUGGAGAUUAUGCAAUGCUAUCGUAUAAAGUACCUUCAAUAAUGGAUCUAAAGGUAGACUGAUGUGAUCGUUUAAGAUCAAAUAUGUAAUCUCUUCUUAACGUCUGUAUUGAAGUAAACAUUUUUUUUUGUAGUAAACAAUGUCAA